UCGUAUUAACGUAAUGUGCAACGGAAAUAGGUGGGCUAACAUUCUUUGCUAUUGAAUUUAUGCCAAAACGAAAAGUGACGUAUGUUGGUUUAUAUUUGUUCAUAAUAAAUUAUUAAAUUUUGUUAUUACUUGUUUCAUACAGAUGAACUGUAAAAUAUUAAAAAUCUAUUGAGCUUUAUUUCAUUUGUAUUUAAGCAAAAAAGAUAUUAAUGUUAUUGUAUUAAAGUGUUGAAAAAGUGUAACUUAAUAUAAAAUUAUGAAUUUUGGAUUUGAUCCUUCAAAAACUCAAGGCAAUGCCGCAACUACGACGAAUGUGGCCACACCAACAGGCUUCUCAUUUGGCUUUGCCGGAGCUGGUGAUGCAAAUAAACAAGUAACAUCCGGGUUAACAGUAACACCAGUUCAAAAUAAACCUGGUGGUUUUUUUGGAUCUGGAAUAACUACUCCAGGUCAAAGUACAAGUUUUACUUUUGGUAAUACACCAAAUACUUCUGCACCUACUAUUGGAGCGACAAUUACUCCAGUUACUGGAUUUGGUGUAUCUACAUUGGCUAGUUCUACAGCAAGUGCUAGUACUCCUAGUACUGUGGUACCUACAGGAUUUAAUCUACAGAGUACACCUACAGUACUUACAGGUACCGAAGGUGCGCAAACCUCUGCAACAACUGGUAUAAGUUUCGGAACACCAAGUUCUGUGCCAUCUAGCACUACUGGAUUUAAUAUUGGUGGUACUAUAACUACCGCAACAACUACUACUACACCUAUUUUUACUUUUGGAAACCCAACUACAACAACACCCACCGUGACAGGAUUGUCUCAAGAUGCAGCAAAAACAUCUACAAUACAAACAGGAUUUACGCCCACACCAUUCACUACAGCAGGAUUUGGACUAACUAAUACACCUGCUGCUACCACAGCUACAGUAUUUUCUUUAAACACAGCGACAACAACUUCAGCUGCGUCCAUCUUUUCAAUUGGUACAACCGCAUCAAGCACUACUGGUUUUAUGCUGAAUAAAACUACAUCUGUUACUGCACCUUCAAAUGUUGCAACUGUCACUACUCAUACCACUUUAGGAACUACAACCACAGUUAGUUCAUCUGCCAAUGCUAUACAGCCAGGAGCUAUUAACUUCUGUCAGCUUGAAGAGUCCAUUAACAAAUGGACAUUAGAAUUGGAAGAACAAGAAAAAGUAUUUGUAAAUCAGGCAACACAAGUUAAUGCAUGGGACAAAUUACUUAUAACCAAUGGAGAAAAAAUAGUAACUUUAAAUCAGGAAGUUGAAAGAGUUAAGCUUGAACAACAACAAUUAGAACAUGAAUUAGAUUAUGUCGUUGGCCAGCAAAAAGAAUUACAAGAUUGUUUGGUACCACUUGAAAAAGAAUUGGCAUCAUUAUCUGUCUCAGAUCCAGAAAGAGAGUAUACUUAUCGUCUGGCAGAAAAUAUUGAUACUCAAUUAAAACAAAUGUCAGAAGAUUUAAAAGAGAUAAUAGAACAUUUAAACGAAGCCAAUCGAGUUCAAGAUUCUAGUGAUCCAAUUGUACAGAUCGGCAAGAUUUUAAAUGCACAUAUGAACAGUUUACAAUGGCUUGAUCAAAGAACAGCUCUUCUAACUCAAAAAAUACAACAGAUCGAUCAAAUGCAUCAAAACUUCAGACAAGAAAACGAACGAAGUUUUAAUUUAGCAUAUAAUUAAAUCAUACUAAAUGUU